AUGCAUUGUCCUUUGAAAAAUAUUAAGCGGCACCCGCGGAAACUAACAACACAUAUCCACCUGGGAAUAGUGACCUUGUUCAUUCCAUAUCUAUCUUCCUGGCCACUUGCAUUAAUUAGUUUACCACUAAACCAAGUUCUCUUGACGGUUCGUCCGAAUAAUAUCUCCGAGUGCGUUGCGUUUGUGCCCUGUGCUCUAGCCACGUGGCGGUUGCCCAUUACACUUCAUUAUAUGACGCACCAAGUGCCCGACUGGGCCGCCCCCACCACCACCACGGAAGAGGGUGAUUCUUCUAAGAGUUUUCAAUAUGAAGAUUUUGGUCCGCUUCCUGAUUCUGUUGUCCCUCAUCAUCAUCCGCAUCCUCAAACUGAAACUGAAACUGAUCAUGAUUAUUCUGUUUGGAAUAUUAAUACUAGCGGUGCUAGUGGUGCAACUGGAGCAGCAGAAGAUCAUAAUCACAAGUGUUUUCAAGAAAUAUUUGAAGACUUGUCCAAUAUUCAGCUUGAACCAACAAUUACACCCAAUGCUAUUUUUUCAUCCGACAAACACUUCGUAUGUGAUUUCGACAAGGGAGAAUCGUCCAGUGGACUAAAAACCACCUCUCGUUUUAUGGAGACAAAAUCAGUGUCUGGAGAAAUUAGCCAAAAGCAAGACGACCGGCCCAAAAGAACACGUGCUGCUGAACUACAUAAUAUGUCUGAGAGGAAGCGUAGGAAGAAAAUCCGGGGGAAGCUGGGAUCAUUGCAGCAACUUAUACCCAACUGUAACACGUCAGACCGAGCUUCAAUGCUGGAUGAUGCCAUCAAACAUAUUAAAGCCCUCAAGCUUCAAAUACAAAUGAUGUCCAUGGGGGGAGGAGCUCUGUACCAGGCUUCAAAUUUGUCCAUGGCUGGGAUGCAAAGCACACAAACACCUCAAUUCAUGUCGUAUGUGCCCAUGGGAACGAGCAAUGCGUAUGGAAUGGGAAUGGGAAUGGUUAAUAUGUGCUACUCAACAACAGGCCUUCCAAUCAUGUCUGUUCCCUCAGCCCGCUUCAAUCCAUUACGGCCAGCAACUGCAGGGUUCCCUCUAAUGUCUGCACCAGGAGUUCUUCCUGUUAAUCCCCAAUUGCAAAUGCCGAUGCCAUUCGUUGCUUCGCAAGUAAUGCCUACAGCCACUACCACAUCCAGGUCCAGAAAUAUGGGUCAGCCGCAAUUUGCUACAGAUUUCUCUCACACAUUCAACUAUGCAAACCAAGGAGAGUCUAGUUUCCAAAACAACACAAACAACGCAGCUUCUGCUGACAACCAGAGAGUGCCAAUUAUAAGCAAGAAGUCUAAGGUGCUGGCUAGCAUGUGGUAA